AUGACCCACGGGAACGGCGACCACGCCGCCGCGGCCGCCAACGGCUACCCCGCCAAACCCCACUCUUCCGAGCCGUCCCCGCCGAGCUUCCACGACGUGUGCAACGAGCUGCGGCAGAGGGUCGACGCCUUCCUGGCCGAGGACCAGAAGACGGAGGUGUUGCGCAAUGUUCAGGCCCAGCUGCGCGUGUCAAUGGCCGUCGUGGAAGAGGCCUUGGCAAGGUACAGGUGCGUGCGCCCGGUUCCCUGUCGGCCCUUUCUCUUGGAAUAUGGAUGGAUGGAUGGAUCGCUGAUGCGCCACAACAGCUUGGAACAGAUCUCGAUCUCGUAUAAUGGAGGAAAGGAUUGCCUCGUACUACUGAUUAUGCUACUUGCCUGCCUCGCUCGUCGAUACCCUUCGCCGUCCAAACCCUCCCAAACGAACGACUCGAACGGCACGACGUCCUUCCCCGACAAGUUCCAAGCUGUGUACAUUGUAUCCAAACACCCAUUUGCCGAAGUAGACGACUUCGUCGAGGCCACCAGUUCCCAGUAUUACCUAGACGUGAAACGAUACCUCAUGUCGAUGAAAGAGGGACUGGGCGCAUACCUGGAAGACCGCCCAAACGUAAAAGCCAUCUUUGUCGGGACGAGGAGGACGGACCCGCACGGAGAGAAAUUGACACAUUUUGAUCCCACGGAUUCCGGGUGGCCUGACUUUAUGCGGGUGCACCCGGUGAUUGACUGGCAUUAUGCCGAGAUUUGGGCAGGAUACACGAGUUUAGGCGGAACGCAAGAUACCCACCCCAACCCCCAGCUGAAGAAAGAGGGAGAAAGCGGCGCCAGCUUCCGGCCCGCAUAUGAAUUGACGGAAGACGACGAGGAGAGGCUAGGCCGUGAUAGAUAA